CUGGCGCGCCGGCUCGCGUCCAGCCCAGUCGAGCUUGUCCCCGUCCCCCCAGGCGCAAAAACAAAGCUUCAACUCAUGUCAGUGGUCCCUGCCUAGGUUUUCAGGUUUCUCCGUAGGUGAGAAGGACCCUCAUUCCCCCCCGAUUUUUUCUUUCCCUCCAGGGUUGAUUCUCUGAGAUAAUUAUUCGAUCGCGACCGACAGCGGACCGAUACCAACACCAACACUAACACUAGCAUAGGAUUGACUGUCGUUCCCUUAGGCGCGUCUCCUCAUCUCCUCCCCGCCUCCUGUCUUUUGACUGGUUGGCUUACCUUGUCUCUCUCUCUCUUAUCGAAUCUGCCUUUUGUUUUGAUUUUCUAUUUCUGAUUUCUCCUCACACCCCCUCACCUCCCACCCUUUUAUCACCCAGACUUCUCUCCCCAUGACAACAAUGCCAGUCAAGAAGCGCAAGUCCGAAGGCGCACCUGCGGCCGAAGAAAGCAAUUCCCCAAAACGAGCUGCUAUCCCUGAUCCAGCUACAGGAGAGAAAAGGAAGAGAGGUCGUCCUCGCAAGUACCCUGAAGGAAGUGGCCCCAAGCCUUCCCCGGGUCCUAAAAGGGGCCGGGGCCGUCCUCGCAAGGACCCGUCUGCCAAAGAUACUCCCACGAAACCGAGUACUCCCAAGGAGGGCAAGCGGCCAGUCGGAAGGCCUAGGAAAUAUCCCGCUCAGAAUGGGGCAGACACCCCAACAAACAGAACCACGCAACCGAAGUCAGAUUCUGCAGAUGCCAAGGGUGAAGAUGAGGCGGAUGAUGAUGAUUCCAGCCGCUCAUAUUGGUUGAUGAAAGCAGAGCCCGAGUCGCGCUUAGAAAAGGGCGUGGAUGUUAAGUUCUCCAUUGACGACUUGGCCUCGCGUAGCAAGCCGGAACCCUGGGAUGGUGUACGGAACCCUGCUGCAAGGAACCACAUGAGAGAGAUGAAGAAGGGCGACUACGCUUUCUUUUACCACUCGAACUGCAAAGUGCCCGGAGUUGCGGGCUAUAUGGAGAUCGUACAAGAGCAUACACCAGACGAGUCUGCAUUUGACCCUGCACACCCAUACUACGACGAGAAAUCUUCUCGAGAAGACCCCAAAUGGGAUGCGGUCCACGUCGAGUUCCGACGCAAGUUCCAGAACUUCGUCUCGUUGAACGACCUCAAAGCUCACGCGAAGGCGGGAGAUCCGCUCGAGGAUCUUCAGGUCCUAAAACAAUCCCGACUCAGUGUUUCCCGCGUUACCAAGAAGGAAUGGGACUUCAUACUAGGGUUAGCCAAGGAAAAGGAGGAGGAGUCAUCGGAGGCAGAGAGCGCAGAAGAAACCAGCGAGUAGAGGAAGAUACGAAAUCUCUUUUUUCACUUUGAUGUCAUUCCAUAUUUCUUUUCCAGUUCCUCCAAAGCGACUCUGGAAUGAGUCAUAAAGCUCGCUGUGAGCGUCUUUGUUUCCUUGUGUACAAUGAACGGGUUCUUGUCUAUUUUGAGGUGUUCCAAUAAUGUGAAUGGUCUUUUCAAUGAUCACCUGCUGCUCACGGGUCAAGAUUUGGGACGAGACGCUAUCGACUGCUAGACUGUGAUUCUCCGGCCUUGCCUGGUACAGGCUUCCUUCUCAGCAUAGCUGUGUCAUUCCCACCAUGACUGUAGACGAUCUAUAGACCAGGACAUUGUAUGCGUUGGCAGGAAGAUACUACGAGGUAGUACUAGAAUGGGAUCG